AUGUUCUACCUCCCUGUCGGAUUUGUACAUAAAGCUUACUGGGCAGUUAAGGAGAUGAAUAUGAAGCCCCAGGCCUGUGAGGAGGAGAGAAAACUGCAACUGCAAGAGCUGGAAGAACUUAGACUUGAGUCGUAUGACGCCGCGAUGUGGUACAAGGAGAAAACCAAAUUAUGGCAUGACAAAAACCUCUGUGUCAAGGCACUGCAAGUUGGUCAGAAAGUGUUUUUAUUCCAGUCAAAGCUCAAACUGAUGCCCGGGAAGCUAAAGUCCAAGUGGAUAGAACCUUACACAAUCGUUGGUGUCCGAGCGAAUCGAGCCGUGGAAAUUCAGGGAAGCACCCCUAACUCUAUCCCAUUUCUUGUUAACGGUCACAUAGUCAAGGUGUUUAGAGAUAGUUCAGAGAUGUGCGUGGUGGAAGAAAUUCCGCUACGCAUACUCUCCACUAUUGCCUUACAAGUCAAGUUGCUAGGUAUUCUUCGGUAA